UAUGAAACAUGGCACAAAUUGUUUAAGGAGCACUUGACAUGAAAGAAGAAUAAACAACUUUGUGCUGAUUUUAAAUGCGAUAUUUUGUGCAACGUAUACAGUACCUGCUUAUUUGCAAACGCAACUUAUCAAAUAACUAUUUACUUCCGUUAAUUAUAAACUUUCGAUAGUAGGGAAAUAACGUUAAAUAUGGAACGCUAUUCCAUAAUGAAUGGUCUAUUAUAACCUAAAUUCUUACAAUACCAUAAUGUCACUUACUAUUCAACAAAUAAUCGUUGAUGCGAAACGACUUAGAGAUCGUUUAAAAGACAGGGAUUCAAUUGCUGACGUUCUUUUAAAUGAGACACAUGCAAUUAACAAAAAAAUCGAUGCAAUGAAACAGUAUCAAGAAGAAGUGGAGCAAUUGAAUGAAGUUGCCCAUCAAAAACCCCACUCGCAGUUAAUCGCGAACAUUCAAAAAGAAAAUAGGCAUCUACGUGAAAUUCAGCAGGAGAAUCGGGAGCUGCGGGCGGCUUUAGAGGAACAUCAAAGUGCUUUGGAACUAAUUAUGUCGAAAUAUAGGCAACAUACGACCGAGAAAAUGUAUAAAUCCCGGAUAAACUUUUUAGCUCUUCAAGAUCACAAUUACAAUGAUGUUAUAACGAAGCAGGCCGAAAAAAUUCAAGAGAUGGCUGCGGUAAUGGAGUAUGCCGCUUUUAUAGAUGAAGCGCAUAAUAAUCAAAGUAGUGAGGAUAUGUCUAAAUUAAAAAUCGAGAACCAGGGUCUAAGGGAACUUCUAGAAAUUUCUUGUAAAUUUGGGUCGUAUGGUAAGGCAUUGAGCGGGCCAACUACGGAAGAUAAAAUAGUUCAAACUGAAGCUUCCUACACAUAAAAUUUGUAACAAUCUGUCAAUGGCUUUAAUUUGUAUGUUAAGUGUAUUAUUUAUUAAUUAUUGUAGAUUUAUAUAAGUGCGGUCAAUUACACAAUGCUCACUGUUUUAAGCAAGCGUACCAAUUUGAUUUUUGUAGAGUUUUAUUUACAUGUUCAAUCUAGUACUGUUUAUUAUAAUGUAGUACACAUUCCUAUAAUGGUUGUACCGAAUAAACAUUUUUUUCACCAA